AUGAAAGGAAAAACACGGUUCCACAGAUAUGUUGAACUGAAGGAAGGAAAAGUACAAUGCUCUUCUGUAGGUACUUCUAUGACAUCUCAAUGUCCUCAUGUCGACAGUUCGUCUUCUAUGGAUGCGAUGGAAAUACGAACAAUUUUCCCGAUGAAGCUUCUUGUGAAGCUGCAUGUGCGGCUAAGCCCACCUCGACCGCGGUGUACCAUCCUAAAAACGCAUUACGAUGCCCGGAACCAUACGUUAACCCUCCCAACUGGCCACAGAUAUGUGGGUCCGAAGAGGAUAUCACCUGCAGUGGAGUCUGUAUUAGCCUUCAAAAUGGCUUCCGAGUAUGCUGCAGGCAAUCAUCCCCACCAAAUCGCCCUUCUAGCUUCGAACUAUGCGGUCACGGUCUCACGCCGUAGCGUUGCUCUCCUGACGACUGGAGAACCUCUCCAAGUGUUCUUCAGACGAUGA